AUGGCGGUGAACAGGAGAGACCGCAUAUUUGGAGUACUCCAAUUAUUAACACUUUUAGCGAUAUAUAGCAGAUUUGCACAUGCCUCAAUCGAAGUUGUAUAUGAUACCAAUGUAAAUGUGGAUGAAGAAAAAGGCCUCCAAUGGACCAGAUAUUCAAGUACAGACAUUAAAAGAGGGUGGAGGGAGGUGAGCUAUAGUGAGAACAAUGAUGUUUGGAGAAUACAUACUGUAUGUGCCGUCUCCCUCACUGGAGUCAACAACUGGGUGCGUAUGCCCUACAUACCACGUGGUAACGCCAACAGACUCUAUAUUGAAAUGAAGUUUAGUAUGAGGACUUGUGAUGAGUACCCUCACCCAGAAAAUCUCAGUCAAUGUAAGGAAACAUUUGAUUUACUAUAUUAUGAAGCAGAAUCAGACUUUGCUAAUUCGAUGAUGCCAACUUGGGAUGCCAGUACAUAUAAGAAACUUGACACAGUCGCAGCCGACAGAAAAUUUACCGAUAUCAACCAUGCAGAGAUUAACACUGAAACGAGGAGCAUUCCUAUCACACGUAAAGGAGUAUACUUCGCUUUCCGGGACAUGGGCUCAUGUACAAGUCUCAUCAGAGUGAAGGUCUAUUACAUUCAAUGUCCCAGUACUGUUGUCAAUUUUGCUAUAUUCCCUAACACCUCAACUGCUCAGGUUGUGACUGAUGUUGUGCAGACCACAGGGCGCUGUGUAGAAUAUGCCGCAGCGGAGCGAGAACCCUCCUAUCUAUGCAAAAGCAGUGGUAUUUGGUAUUUGCCCAGUGGAGGUUGCAAGUGCAUAUCAGGAUACCAGCCAGAGGGACAGUCAAAAUGUACAGAAUGCCCUGUUGGAACUUAUAAAUGGGAAACAGGAAGUGGGAUAUGCCAAACGUGCCCGUCACACAGUUACGCAUCCAGUAGAAAAUCAGUCGAGUGUACAUGUGAUCCAGGGUACUUCAGAUCACCCACAGAUUCCAAGUCUAAGGCCUGCACAAGACCCCCAAGUAACCCCAGGAACCUGAGUGAACAGUUCUCCGACCAGAGCACCAUCAGGCUCCAGUGGGACAAACCCACAGAUAAAGGAGGUAGGGAUGACCUCACGUACAGGGUGGCCUGUGAACAGUGUCGCACCGGGACUGAGUACCUUCCUGCUAGGAGCAAGUUCAACCAUACACACGUAACCCUGACUGGCCUGUAUCCAAACACGGAGUAUACAAUCAGUAUUUAUGCGGAGAAUGGUGUGUCUGGGGUCAGCGGUGUACAGAGAAAAGCAACAGUAGUAGUCAUCACAGAGGCUGCAUUGCCCUCUCGUGUUGAGAAUAUCCGAGUCCUGAGUAAGGAUGUACAUCAUAUCUCCCUGGCAUGGGAUAAACCUAAUGAUCCAUCUAUUAUUAUUGAGGAGUAUGAAGUCAAGUUUUACUCUCUUAGCGAUCCAUACAACAUUUCCCGAGUCCACGUUGAGAAGCAAAACAUUUCCAUCAAAGGACUUGACCCGACACAUGUCUAUGUAUUCCAGGUUCGUGCUAAGACAACUGAAGGCUGGGGAGAGUUUAGCGAGUCUAUCCACAUUACGCUUGAAGAUAUAGCUCUACCUGAUGGUCAAGUGGAUCGUGUUCACCCUGGAGACAGCCCAAUAGCAAUCAUUGCUGGAGCAUCCGUAGCCGUCAUUGUCUGCAUGGCUAUAGUUAUCAUUAUGAUCGUUAUCUUUCUACGCAGUACAAUAAUUUUCUCUGACAUCAUAGGGAGUCGUCCUGCCCCAUCAGAGGCCCCUAUAGGCAUAAUAGCUGGCGCCAUUGUAGCCGUCGUGGCGUGCAUGGUCAUCGUUAUUAUUAUGGUGAUACUUCUACGAAGAUCUGUAAUUGUCUUCCUAAAAAGGAACCACCGUGCAUGUGCUGAGAAGAAUGUCAGCGAUUGCGAGACCCUACAGUACUCUAAUGUGACUGUCCCGCUUUUCACUCCCCCUGGCGCUGUCCGUACAUACAUUGACCCCCACACUUAUGAGGACCCCCAACAAGCUGUUCGAGAGUUCACCAAGGAGAUUGACGCAUCCCAUAUCAUCAUCGAGUCUGUGAUUGGUGGAGGUGAAUUUGGCGAUGUGUGCAAAGGGAAACUCCGCCUACCUGGAAAGAUGGAUAUGUGUGUCGCGAUAAAGACCCUCAAACCUGGCGCAUCCGAGAAAAAUCGUCUGGAUUUCCUGACUGAGGCUAGCAUUAUGGGACAGUUUGAUGAUCCAAACGUGAUAUAUCUGGAAGGUGUGGUAACCAAGAGCAACCCAAUCAUGAUCGUCACAGAAUACAUGGAAAAUGGAUCCCUCGACUCCUUCCUCAGAAACAACGAUGGCAAAUUCACCAGUAUCCAGUUGGUAGGGAUGUUACGUGGUAUUGCAGCAGGUAUGAGGUACCUCAGUGAGAUGGGCUACGUACACAGAGAUUUGGCCGCAAGGAACAUACUGGUCAAUGAGAAUCUGGUCUGCAAGGUUUCCGACUUUGGCCUCUCCAGGGAGAUUGACACACAGGAUAACACUGAUGGAGCAUACACAACAAAGGGUGGUAAGAUCCCAGUUAGGUGGACAGCCCCAGAGGCGAUUGCAUUCAGGAAGUUCACAUCUUCCUCUGAUGUCUGGAGUUAUGGUGUUGUAUCCUGGGAAGUGUUGGCGUAUGGAGAGCGACCAUAUUGGAACUGGUCAAAUCAGGAUGUUAUUAAAGCAGUUGAUAAAGGAUACAGACUACCCCCUCCCAUGGAUUGUCCAGAGGCAACCUAUCAGUUGAUGCUUGACUGCUGGCAGAAAGAACGCAGCCACCGUCCUAAGUUCGCCGCAAUUGUGAAGACUCUAGAGAAGCUCAUCAGGGCCCCUGAACUGCUGAGGAAAAUUGCCAAACAAAAGCAGCCAGACCUCCUAGACCCUGAGACAACCGAUGUGACGCGAUACACUUCAAUACAGGAUUGGCUAACCAGUAUUAAAAUGGACCGUUACAUAGAAACCUUCCUGACUGCAGGCUUUCUUAACAUGGACAUGGUGUCACAUAUCACCCUUAAAGACCUUCUCAAUAUGGAGAUCACAUUAAUAGGACAUCAGAAAAAGAUCAUGAACAGUGUACAGACUCUCCGAGCGCAAAUGAACCAAUUAGAUCAAAUCAAUAGUCUACACAUAGAAGGAGGAGUGCAGCUUUCAGAAGGAUUUCUAGUGUAGCGAAGGAGCUUGCUAGGAGAGUGUGUAUAUAUCGUUGCUGCAGUGUCAUGUGUAUAUAUAUUGCAAUUGGAGAUUGUAUAUAGAAUGGACAGAGUUGAAAAUGGAUCCCUCACGGGGUAAAGUUCUUGUCUCCGCAACAUUGACAUAGUUGGUGUUUUAUAUAAAUAUGCCAUAAAGGAGUCAUGGAACAAAUAAUAUGCAGUAAAAGUUUUAUAAUACAACAUAUAGCCUUAGUUAGUUUCUGGUUUAUAUUGAUUGACAAGCCUUUGAGUGACACACUAUGAUACACAUGUUUUAGAUGUAGAUUUCGAAUGGACUUGAAUUAUAGACAAAAUGCAGAUGAUUGUUGUAUUAAAACCAAAAGAUGAUAUACAUGAAUGGAUAUUUCAAAUGGACUUGAAUUUAAGAUAAAUGCAGGUGAUUAUAUUUUAUGAAAACUGAAGAUGAGACAUGACUUGUAUGAUUAAUAUUGCUCUGACAAUAACAUGUGGAAGUAAAACUCUGAUUGAAUGAAAUCUAUGUGUAAAACUUGAGUAUCAUGAGUGGCCAUGAGUGUUAGCCUUAUUUUAUUUUUAAGUGGUCGCAUAAAAUGUUGUAAAAGUCACGCAACAUAUGAUGACUAAACCAAUUGUAUAGUAAUAUUUAUUUUGCAGAAUCAAUGUUAGGAGCAAUAAUAUUUAUUCUGUUGAAAACAGAACACCACAAAACAAUUUACUGUAAAGCCAGUCAUGUGUGACAGCAAUAACUGUUUGCCAAUACUGCUUUGUAUUUUCAUUUUCCAAAUGAACACAUGACUGGAUUUAUAUGUCUUCUCUUCCAUUAUUGCACAAUCAAGUUUAGAGACAUUUUAUUUAUUUGGUAUAAUUAAUAAUUAGCUGAUUUUUAAUUUAUAUUGACUUAUAUCCCAAAUGGACAAAAUGCGAUUUUCAGUUCUGUAAUAAUAUGUAAACAAUGGUGCAAUUGUGAAGUUAUGAACGCAAUGUAAUCUAUGAAUAUAUGUUAGAUUGCGCUGUGGUUUGUAAUGUGAUGUAUAUAGUUAGUUUGUAUAAUGUAUAUAGUGUACAGUGUACAGAAACUAUAGAAAUCUAACUGUGAAGAGAAAUCCUGGAUCAAGGUGUAUGAUUUUGGUAGUAUUUGUACAGAUACAUCCUCCUGUCUUUUCUCAAUCGAAUUAUGUAAAGUUUUAUGAAAAUGAUUUCAAUUAAUUUUCAAUCAUGAACUAAAUGCCUGAUGCACAAAGACUUUAGGCCUAACAAGUCAAAAUUAUAAUAUAAAAAAUAACAAUUAACUUUGAAUGAAUAAUGAUAAUAGAAAGGAUUAA